AGAGAGCCUAGCACCCCAAGUCAUAUUAAACACAGAGAGAGAGACUGAGAGAGAGAGAUGUUUGCAGCAGAGAAUGGGCUGAAGGGAGACCCUAGACUUGAGGGCAUCUCCAAAGCUAUUAGAGUCAUCCCUCACUUCCCAAAACCUGGAAUAAUGUUCCAAGACAUCACCACUUUGCUGCUGAACCACAAAGCCUUCCAGGACACUGUUGACAUCUUCGUUGAUAGAUACAGGGACAUGGGCAUCUCUGUUGUUGCCGGAAUUGAAGCUAGAGGAUUCUUUUUUGGCCCUGCUAUCGCCUUGGCUAUCGGUGCAAAGUUUGUUCCAUUACGUAAACCUAGAAAAUUGCCGGGUGAAGUGAUUUCGGAAGCUUAUGUGCUUGAGUAUGGUACUGAUUGUCUAGAGAUGCAUGUUGGUGCUGUGCAGCCCGGGGAACGAGCAGUGAUAAUUGAUGAUCUAGUAGCCACUGGUGGCACUCUCUCUGCUGCAAUAAGACUAUUAGAACGUAUGAAGGCCAAGGUUGUCGAAUGUGCAUGUGUUAUUGGGUUGCCUGAGGUGAAGGGACAGCAGAGACUGAACGGAACGCCGCUUUAUAGUCUUGUGGAGCCACGGGAAAUCGAACAUUGUUGUUAAGGUGUGCUCAUGCUGAAUUCUUUGUAGAAAAGCCGAUGUUUGGGGUAAAAAUUCCUGCUCUUUCGCCCUCCCGAGUGACCGAGUCACUGAAUUCUGCUAGCUGUCUUGUUAUUCUUUCUGCUUCCCCCGGGCUUUAUGUUCCAUUCCAAAUGCGACCAGCCCAGCCAUGGUUGAAAUGGUGUUGUAAUGUUAGUCAGUCAAUCAUAAAUGACACGCCAAAACUUGCCCGGUACAGCAAGCUGUACAGAUUUCUGUGUGCUUACUUCGUAGCCCUACCCGACAAUCCUCAGAAGCCCUGGCAUUGGCUGGUGGAUUAGAAGUUAGAACAGAGCAUACUUGAAUAUGAGGUUGAAUGGGUCCUUUUCAUGUUGAAGUUUCCUUGCAGCUUCUCCAAAUACUGUGCUUGCUUUGCAUAAUUGUACCUUAUGCAUAUUGUGUGUGGCUUAUCAUCAUCAUAUCUGAUUCUUCUGAGA